AGCCCUCUCACCAGCCACCACAGUCCACAGUCCACAGUCUACUGACCAACUAGUGUGCCGAGAAUUCAGUGAGCCCGCUAGCUAGCUAGCUAGCCACCGCCAUGGCUUCCCCUAAGCUUCUCCUCCUGCUGGCCACCCUCCUCCCGAGCUGCGGCCUCCUCGUCGCCGACUUCGCGCCGAUGACCCUCACCGUGGUGAACAACUGCGCGUACCCGAUCUGGCCGGGCAUCCAGGGGAGCGCCGGCAGCGAGGUCCUGGAGGGGGGCGGCUUCUUCCUCCCGUCGCUCUCCCACCGCUCCUUCCCGGCGCCCGCCCACGCCUGGUCCGGCCGCGUCUGGGCGCGCACCGGCUGCGCGCCCUCCGCCGCCGGGGCCGGCCAGCUCCGCUGCGCCACGGGCGACUGCGGCGGGCGGCUCCAGUGCGGGGGCCUCGGCGGCGCGGCGCCCGCCACGCUGGCGCAGGUCUCCCUCCACCACGGCGGCGACGACCAGUCGUCCUACGGCGUGAGCGUGGUGGACGGCUUCAACGUGGGCCUCUCGGUCACCCCGCACGAGGGCCGCGGCAACUGCCCCGUCCUCGCCUGCCGCAAGGACCUCACGCAGACUUGCCCCGGCGAGCUGCAGGUGCGCGCCGGUGGCGGCGGCGUGGCCGCGUGCAAGAGCGGCUGCCUGGCGUUCGGCACCGACGAGCUGUGCUGCCGCGGCGCGUACAACAGCCCGGCCGCCUGCCGCCCCUCCAGGUACUCGGACUUCUUCAAGAGCGAGUGCCCGCAGGCCUUCACCUACGCGCACGACAGCCCCUCCCUCACCCACCAGUGCUCCGCGCCGCGCGAGCUCAAGGUCAUCUUCUGCCACUAGACUGAGUGAGUCCAGCCAGGGCGGCGCUCGCCGUGCCGCCGCCGGCCGUCAGCAGCUAUGUCUGGUCUGGGUCAUCUCAUCAGUCAUGUGUGAGUGAGUGUUGGAUUAGGCUUUGGAGACUGCCAGGCUGCCCGGGGUCCGGAGUGCUUGGUGUAGUUCGUGCUCUGUAGGCGUUCGCCACUCGUCUAGUAGUAUCGUGUGCUGCUCUGAUUCCAGUCUGAAAUAACAUGUUUAGAUGGGCAUUGAUCGACAAUGUUUUCAGCCA